AUGGAUGGUGGGGGCGGAGAUGCUGCCCCGCCCGAGCCACUCACCUGGGGUCCUUGCCUGACGCGGCCGUACAAGAAAACUGUACCAGCCUGCGGUCGGUGCGGUUCCGUUGGGCAUCGGCCCGACAGCUGCCCCGGCCCCAAACCAGACCUCUGCGGCAUCUGCGGAAAAGCGGUGCCGCUCACGGAUGGCGCCCGCGCCCCUCACGAAUGUACGCCCAGGUGCGCUCUAUGUGCCGGACCCCACGUCACCGCGGACCGGUGCUGUAAGGAGCGCUACAGGACGCCGCCACCCAAAUCACCCACUCCUCCACCGGAGGGUCAAGCCGGCCCCAAGAAGCGAAAACGUCGACGCCCACGGAAACCGAAGAAGACGGGCCCUCGGGCUUCGCCGCAGAGGGCUCAGCCCCCUGCCACCAACCCUACCCCACCCCCGCACCCUGACGCGGGGGCUGUCGGGCCUUCCCUACGAGGCCAAACUCCGGAUGGACCGCCAACCAGGAAGUCCACUACGAGGCAGGUUUCGCCCGCCUCACCCAAACCGCACCCGCCGUCACCUCAACCCAAACCUACUGCCAAGGGGGAUAUCGUUUUAUUUCGAUAG